AAAGCACCCAUGCCGAUUACCCGGCGCCCCCGAUUAAUUAGCGAGGACUUUAUAUUAGGCGCACGGCGCGAGGUGGCGCGACGGGGGGCGCCGGACGACAAAGUGCUGCUAGUACUACUAGUACUCCCCGUCCGUCGGCUCGGCCCGAUCAGCUCGCCACCAGCAAGCAACCGCUCUUUUUAGUCCCCACUCGCUCCACGAUCCCUCCCCCACUCCGGCCGGCCACGCGCAAAGCGAAACGCUCCCCGACUCCGGCCAAGAGCUCCAGCGCCGCCGCCGCCGACCGUCGUUCGUCCAUAUGGUGAGGUCCAACUCCAUCGACAGCUGCUACUCCUCCAUCCAGGACGUCACCUACAGCUGCGGGUACUGCGGCUACGCGCUGAACCUGAGCUCGGCGGCGCGGAACACGGCCAACAUCGGCUCCAAGUACGGCAAGCAGAUCAGGAAGAAGGGCAUCGUGGCCUUCGUCGCCGUCGACGAGACGCGCUUCACGCAGGCCGACGAGGUCACCUGCGCGCCCCGCCUCCGCCCCUGGACCUGGCGCCUCUUCCGGCGGAGGUCGCGCCUGCUCUGCGGCAAGUGCGGCGGCCGCAUCGGCGCCGCCUACGAGGUCGACGAGGAGGACGAGGACCCCGCCGGCCUCUCCGCGUGCGGCGGCUCGGACGACGACGACGACGACCUGCGGACGAGCCCGGGCGAUGAUGUCGGCGCGUCCAGAAGGAGGAACUACCUGAUCAGGAUCGGCGCGCUGCAGCCCUCGACGGACGAUCCUCCUCCUGCCGAUCCCUUCUCUCUAUGAUAUGAUAUGAUAUUGAUAUGACACACCGCUGCUGAAUUUUGUUCCUUUGUUCAUAGUGGAAGACGACCCGAGAGCUUGAUGUGUGUAAGUUGAUCCUGCUAUAGUUUUUGUGUCCUGGUAAUGGAGUGAGCCAUGGUUGCAAUUUUGAGCCACCUAGUAUUUGUCAAUGGCUUAAUUCUAGCUUUCUGUGUGGGUUUUUGCUCUCUUGAUAUCUAAAUUAUGGGUUCUGUUUUGAUUAUCCACAGAUAAAUAUAUUUCAGUUUGUCAUCA